AUGCCCCAGACCUGCUCCAAGCCCUCGGACAUGGCCGAGCUCGUCAGCAGCCAGGGCUGGAUGGACGAAAUGCCGGGAGCCAAGGAGGGGAACAGCAGGAGCGGCCCCUUCGGGCUGCUGCCGGCCCUGACCGAGGAGCACGACAGCGCCGAGGAGGAGGAGGAGGAGGAAGAGGAGGGCGAGAAGCCGAAGAGGAGGGGCCCGAAGAAGAAGAAGAUGACCAAGGCCAGGCUGGAGCGGUUCCGGGCGCGGCGGGUCAAGGCCAACGCCCGGGAGCGCACACGGAUGCACGGCCUGAACGAUGCCCUGGACAACCUGCGCAGGGUCAUGCCCUGCUACUCCAAAACGCAGAAACUCUCCAAGAUCGAGACCCUGCGGCUGGCCAGGAACUACAUCUGGGCCCUGUCCGAGGUGCUGGAGACCGGGCAGACCCCCGAGGGGAAGAACUUCGUGGAGAUGUUGUGCAAGGGGCUGUCACAGCCCACCAGCAACCUGGUGGCCGGCUGCCUUCAGCUGGGCCCGCAGCCGCUUUUCCUGGAGAAGCACGAGGAGAAGCCCCCGGCUUGUGAGUCCGCCCUGGCCGGGCACUCUUUUGGCUACCAGGGGCUGCCCAGCCCCCCGUACGGCUCCGUGGAGUCCCACCUGCUGCACCUGAAGCCGCCGGCCUUCAAGAGCCUGGUGGAGGCUUCUUUUGGGAGCCACCCCUCUGACUGCUCCACGCCGCCCUACGAGGGGCCCCUGACGCCUCCCCUGAGCAUCAGCGGGAAUUUCUCCCUGAAGCAGGAGGGAUCCCCGGAGCUGGAGAAAUCCUAUCCCUUCGUGGCUCACUACCCCUCGCUCAGCCUGGCCGGAGCGCACGGACACGGCUCCCACUUCCAGAGCUCCGUGGGUCGCUACGAGAUCCCGCUGGACGUGAGCUACGAGUCCUUCGCGCCCCACGGGGCCGGGCCCCAGCUCGGUGCCAUCUUCAACGAGUAG